AGUAUGAUAUUCCAUGAAUUAACGAGCGGAAUACGGAGCCAGUCACAGAAAUUCACACUUUACUCUCCUCCCGAUUUCCACCUCCGUUUGCGCAAAACCGAAAGAAGCGGAAAGUCAGACGGGUUUUCUCUGAACGUCCCUCUUCGUGUCUGGGUCUCUCUUUCUGUCUCCCGUGGGCGGAUGAGGAGGUGACGAGGGAAACCCGUUAGUUCCGCCUCCAGCACUUCUGCAUAAAAGAGUGCACCUGCUGUGGAUGUAUCACUUUAUUUACACGCUGUUUCUCGAGAUGUCCGCGUCCACAGAUGUCGAGAGCCAGUCGCCCGCUGCGCGCUCCCGCAGCCGGUGUCUGGACACCUUCCUCACCGUGUCCGUGAUCGCGCUCUUCUUCAUGUUCGCGGUCGCGCUCGCGGGCGCGCUGUACUUCGCCAAACACAUCGAGGACGAGAUAAACAAGCGGACGACGCGACACUUAGACGGAUCCGCGGACGCGUUGGUUGCGCCGUUCCCCGACACCGGAAACGCAUAUAAGAUGCAGAAUUUUGCUUACCUGAGGGCCACUGAAAGUGAACUCAAAUCAGGUGUGAUGGCGUGGGAAUCUAUCGCGUAUGGAAGAGGUCAAACCAUCGGCUCUCUCUACAGCUACGAUAAAAAACAGAAUGUGCUGAACGUGAAUGAGAGCGGAAGCUACUUCCUGUAUGUGCAGCUCACUCUUUCCUGUGCUGGAAUAUGUAAAUCUGAUCGAUCUGACCAUUUCACGGUCAGCUUUAAUAAUCGGCUCAAUAACGUGGAGCUCACCUGCACCGUCUCACUGCCUGAAUGGAGGGAAGACACACCCAUUACCAAGACGUGUUGGCGUGUCAUUACCUUUCCAGAAAAUGGAGACCGCCUUGUAGCCAAAUCCCAGUUUAAAGGCUCAUCAGACUGGAAACUGGACAUGAAUGACUCUGGCUUUGGGAUGUUUCUGGUGGACGGAUUACAAGCGGCACAUCACACGUGAUCACGAGAGGAACUGCUUUCGGGCUGCUCGUUUGAGUCACGUAACUGUGAUCGACUCAGGACUGUUUCUAAUGCUGCGAUGAGCAGGACUCCACUAACGUCAGCAGACUGUCUUGGCUUAUUUGGCAAUGCCUUCAGAUACCAGAAAGAGUGACUCUUUAACAUUUUAGCCACAGUAUUCAAAUGCAUUCUGCCAAAUAUUGCAGGUUUGCCUCUACAACAAAAGCUCAGAAAAUGCAAGUCUGGACUUGAACGGAUAAGCAAUGCUUUCUUGAGCACUAUUUAUAAUUUAAAUAUAUUUAUAUGCGUUUUACAUUUUAAACAUUUGCAAUAUUUAUAUUCGUAUUUUGUGUAUACUGUACAAAGUGUGUGUGUAAAACCGUUGUAGACAUCACUACGUGUGCGAGGCGUCUGACCGAACCCUUUCCUUCUCUGAUUGCAUGUACUGUAUUAUUCUACUGAUGUUUAGGUGCAUCACAGAAAUGAUGAGUGAACUUUGACCCGCACAUCAACACUAGUGCCUCGGGGUGGUCUUUACGCUUGGCUGUAUGUUGAAGAACUCAAAAAGCUGCAUGUCUUCACAUCUCUUCAUGAACAUGUGCGUCUGGUGUGAAGGAAAGCACCGUAUGAAUGCUAACAAACUCAGGAACUCUCGAGAUGAAUGUAACAAUGAUGACAGUGUGUGGAAUGCUUUAUUUUGUUAACUGAGAAUAUUUAA